GAAAUUCUUGCGCUUCGAAGCUCCGGUAUCUGAUUCAUCUGUGACUCCAGCUUCGGUCUGCACGUCCACAACAAACCCAUGGCAACGGAACGCAGGUUCCCCGACAGCUUCAUUGACGAAGACCCUCAGAAAGCUCUCGAGGAAAUUAAUGAAGCCUUGCAGGGAGACCCGGAGAAUGCUGAGUGGUUUUGCCAGCGUGCCUAUGCUCAUAUUCUUCUCAAAAACUACAGCUGUGCUGCUGAUGAUGCGAAGAAAGCACAGCAGCUAAAACCCAGCCUUCCGCUUGCUUUUAUGCGAACAGGAAUAGCAGAGUUCCAUCUGAACCACUAUGAGACGGCACAUGCAGUUUUCACUCAGGGACAUCAAAUGGAUGUUUCUGACAAGUCUUUUGAGAUCUGGAUCAAGCGUUGUGAGGAGAUGAUGGGGGAGAAACAGAACGGCAGCAUUAACGUGCAAACACCAGCAGCUCCAAAUGUCAAACAUGACUGGUACCAAACAGAAUCUCAAGUCAUUGUCACGGUCAUGGCAAAAAAUGUACCCAAGGAUGGUGUUUGUGUGAACUUCACAGAAAACCAGCUCUCUGCUGUGAUACAGUUGGCGUCAGGGGAGACCUGCAACCUCAAUCUCCACCUGUUACACCCAAUUAUCCCUCAUCAGAGCACCUUCAAGAUCCUCAGCACCAAGGUGGAGAUCAAGAUGAAGAAGACGGAUGCCUUCAGAUGGGAGAUGCUCGAGGGAGAAGGACAUGAACCCAACAUCAAACACUUCGAUCCUCAUCAGUACCCAACAUCAUCGCACUACACCUGCAAAUGGGACAAGAUUGCGGUGGACAUCAGUGAGGAGGAGAAAAACGAGAAGCUCGAAGGAGACGCAGCCCUCAACAAGCUCUUCCAACAGAUCUACAGUGACGGUUCAGAUGAGGUCAAGAGAGCCAUGAACAAAUCUUUUAUGGAGUCAGGUGGUACCGUCCUGAGCACCAACUGGAGCGAUGUGGGCAACAGAGAAGUGAAGAUGAGUCCACCUGAUGAUGUGGAGUUCAAAAAGUACUGAGCACCUCCCUCCGUCACUCUGUUUCACUUUCUCUUCCAGAGAAGUCGUCGUUUCUCUGCCGUCUCUGUGAACGUUCAACCCCCCCACAGUUGUUGCUCACCGCCCACACAAACACACACACACACACACACACUGCAGCAUUCACACAGGCCGCUCUCUACAGUAACUCACAGUCAGAUUGGUCAAGCCAUUAAAUUCAUAUUUCAUUUUUAGUCCAAAGGACUCAAAAACAAACCCACCUGGAGUUUCAGCUCAGCUCCCAGAAUGUUUGAAAACAUUUUUUUUUUUUUAUCUCUCACAGCCUUUCUGUCACUCAGCACUUGUUAAAAACAAAUGUAAAGAUAUUAAAAUUAAGAGUCAAAUGAAAUCUUUAAAUGAUGAACACUUUUCUCAGCUUUUGCAGCCUUUUUCUUUCUUUUUUGUUCCCUCUCUUAAACAGUAAAGUCAACAGCAAUACUCUGCAAAUUGACUCACGUGGCGUCUGACAUGUCGGCACGGGUCAUCUGUCAGCGUGUUUCAAACCUCAGCGUAAAUAAAAAAUUUGUUCUUCAACUCA